GGAGUUCGCAGAAGCAGGCGAACUGCCCCGCGGUCAUGCUGGGCCGCAUCAUCCAGAGCGAGUUCGCUGACCCCGCGAUGACGAGCGCGGCGGAGUUCGAGCAGCUGGCGCGGGAGUGCACCGACCAGAGCGGCGACGUGAUCUCAGACAACAUGAAGCGCGGGGUGAUCAUGUCGGGCAUCGAGAAUGAGAAGCUGGCAGACCACCUGAACCUGAACGCGUCGCGCCUGGGGACGCACGAGGAGUUGGAGCAGAGGCUGAAGACGAUCUGCUCAGCACAGCGACGAUGGGCAGCAACUGACUCUGGUGGCGACGGAGCGGCCCCCAUGCAGGUCGACACGAUCGGCACGGGCAAAGGAGACCACAAAGCAAAGGGCGGCUCGAAGGACAGCCGAGAGACCCGCAACUGCCACUACUGCGGGAAGGCGGGCCACCUCGCGGCGGACAGCCGGAAGAAGAAGGCCGACGAGAAGAAGAUCAGGAAGGUUGCCGCGCUGACGGAGGGCCCCAAAGGACAGCCUUCGACGGCGACUACGGCUACAGCGCUGCAGGGCAACGGCACUGGCUCGCAGGCCAGCCUGGCCCCCGCCGUAGCUGUCUCGCGCGCGGCAGCGGUUCUGGCGCAGAGGCAGCCGCAGCAGCAGCGGAGCUUGGCUUCUACGAGCUCAACCGUCCACAUCGCGAACAUCAAUGUGGUUGGCCAUGCUGACAUCCCAACGCCCGAGGAGUACCACUGGCAGGUCGGCAUGCUCUACGACAGGACGCAGUGCGACGCGCUGCCAGUGACGGUCGGCGACACAGCGGAGCUCGACCGGGCGUUCUUCGACGCGGGCUCAGGGCUCACCACCCGCCCCCAGGAGCUCGCGGACACGACCGAGAUGCUGCCGCCCAGGAUACUACCUCUUUGUGAGUCGGCGACGGGCGACGAAGUCAGGCCCAUGGGCACGGGGAUCGUCGCGGCCGAGGGCGACGGGGUACCUCUGCAGAUCGAGUUCCAGGUGACGAACGUGAAGCGCGAAAUCGUGAGCGCGGACACCUUUACCGAGGGCGGACACAUUCCGAUUCUCGGCAAGGAUCCCUACAUCCUGCUGACGGACGGCCGCAAGAUCCGGCUGCACAGGAGCGGGAAGACGUUCUGGCUCAGAAUCCGGCGCGAGCCGUACCUCACGAGUCACUCGCCGACAAAGGAGACGCAGAACUUGGCGCAGGACCCGCAGCGCCACAGCCGACACCACCUCCACCAGCACCGCCUGCUGCUGGGGACGCCCAGGAUCAACCUGAUCAAGAGGGAGAUCAGCGUGAAUGAGUGCGACGGCGGCGUGAGGACGGAGCUUUGCUACGAGUCUCUGGAGAGGCAGCAGCGGCGCUUGGCUGACGCCAGCCGCCUGAUCCCGCUCGUCUGCAUCGACUACCUGCUCCUGGGGGACGUCGAGGGCAACCCGUUCACAGUGCUGAACAUUCUGGAGUACCAGUCGGGAGCGAUCGAGAGCGCGCAGCGCCAGUCCGAGCCGCGCAGCUGGCUCGAGACGGGGACCGUUCCCCACAGCGGGCCCAGGCGAGACCCCAAGAGCAAGGGAGCUAUCGAGAACGCCAACAAGAUGGUCGAGGGCAUGUUCCGCACUUUGCGGGCAUCGAUCGAGUCUCAGUACAGCACCAAGCUCACGCUGAACCAUUGGAUCAUGGGCUGGAUGAUUCGACGGUCGGACUGGAUCCUGUCGCGGUACCCAGUCAAGGAGGCUGAGAUCCGAUGGGGCAAAGCCUUCUGGGUCGGGAAGGACAACCGCACGGACAAGCACCUUGGGCGACCAUUGAUCGAGUGGGACCUGCACCCGGCUGUGGCGGCUGCCACGGACUCGGCCAUCCACGCACUGAAGCUUGCCGAGAGCGCAUCGAGGGCCUGA